AUCCCAGAGAACAAACCUUCAGCCCUCUUUGCUAUAUUGACUGAGCUGUCAGCGGACUCAGGCUUAUGAGGAGGUUCUGUCACAGAAGACAGUGUCUAGUCAAGACGACAAGAAAAAGGGGAAAGGAUAGGAAAAAGAAGCUAAAAUACUGUAGAGAACCAUGAGAUCUAUUCGCUCUUUUGCCAAUGAUGAUCGCCAUGUUAUGGUGAAACAUUCAACCAUAUAUCCAUCACCAGAAGAACUCGAAGCUGUUCAGAAUAUGGUGUCUACUGUUGAAUGUGCUCUUAAACAUGUUUCAGAUUGGUUGGAUGAAACAAAUAAAAGCACAAAAGCAGAGGGCGAGACAGAAGUGAAGAAGGAAGAGGCUGCAGAUACCCAUUCCAAGGAUCAAGGUGGUCGGACAUUGUGUGGUGUGAUGAGGAUUGGCCUGGUUGCAAAAGGCUUACUGAUUAAAGAUGAUAUGGACUUGGAGCUGAUUUUAAUGUGCAAAGACAAACCCACAGAGACCCUUUUAAAUACAGUCAAAGAUAAUCUUCCUAUUCAGAUUCAGAAACUCACGGAAGAGAAAUACCAAGUGGAACAAUGUGUAGAUGAGGCUUCUAUUAUUAUUCGGAAUAUGAAAGAGCCCACGUUAACUUUGAAGGUGAUACUUACUUCCCCUCUAAUUAGGGAUGAAUUGGAAAAGAAGGAUAGAGAAAAGGUUGUGAUGAAAGAUCCUCCGGACUUAUUGGACAGGCAGAAAUGCCUGAAUGCCUUGGCGUCUCUUCGACAUGCCAAAUGGUUUCAGGCAAGUGCAAAUGGAUUAAAAUCGUGUGUAAUUGUCCUCCGAAUUCUGCGUGAUUUGUGCAACAGAGUCCCCACAUGGGCACCAUUGAAAGGAUGGCCACUAGAGCUUAUAUGUGAAAAGUCUAUAGGUACUUGUAAUAGACCUUUGGGCGCUGGGGAGGCCUUGAGACGAGUAAUGGAGUGUUUGGCAUCUGGAAUACUACUUCCUGGGGGUCCUGGUCUUCAUGAUCCUUGUGAACGAGACCCAACAGAUGCGCUGAGCUAUAUGACUGUCCAGCAAAAAGAAGACAUCACCCAUAGUGCACAGCAUGCACUUAGACUAUCUGCGUUUGGCCAGAUUUAUAAAGUGCUGGAGAUGGACCCCCUUCCAUCUAGUAAACCUUUUCAGAAAUAUUCCUGGUCAGUUACAGAUAAAGAUGGUGCUGGGUCUUCAGCUCUGAAGAGACCAUUUGAAGAUGGAUUAACAGAUGACAAAGAUCCCAAUAAAAAGAUGAAACGAAAUUUAAGGAAAAUUUUGGAUAGUAAAGCAAUAGACCUUAUGAAUGCACUAAUGAGACUAAAUCAGAUCAGGCCUGGGCUUCAGUACAAACUCUUAUCCCAGUCUGGCCCUGUCCAUGCCCCAGUCUUCACCAUGUCUGUAGAUGUGGAUGGCACAACAUACGAAGCCUCAGGACCAUCCAAGAAAACAGCGAAGCUUCAUGUAGCAGUGAAGGUGUUGCAGGCAAUGGGAUAUCCAACGGGCUUUGAUGCAGAUAUUGAAUGUAUGAGUUCUGAUGAAAAAUCAGAUAAUGAAGGCAAAAAUGAAACAGUGUCUUCAAAUUCAAGCAAUAAUACUGGAAAUUCUACAACUGAAACCUCCAGUACCUUAGAGGUAAGAACUCAGGGCCCUAUCCUCACAGCAAGUGGCAACAAUCCUGUGAUGGAGCUCAAUGAAAAAAGGAGAGGACUUAAAUACGAACUCAUCUCAGAGACGGGUGGAAGCCAUGAUAAGCGCUUUGUAAUGGAGGUGGAAGUAGAUGGGCAGAAAUUUAGAGGUGCAGGUCCAAAUAAGAAAGUCGCGAAGGCCAGCGCAGCUUUAGCUGCUCUGGAAAAGCUGUUUUCUGGACCCAAUGCAGCAAAUAAUAAGAAAAAGAAGAUUAUUCCUCAGGCAAAGGGUGUUGUGAAUACAGCUGUGUCUGCGGCAGUCCAGGCUGUCCGGGGCAGAGGAAGAGGAACGCUAACAAGAGGGGCUUUUGUUGGGGCCACAGCAGCUCCUGGCUACAUAGCUCCAGGCUAUGGAACACCAUAUGGCUACAGCACAGCAGCCCCAGCCUAUGGUUAAUACUUUUAAGCAGUUUUCAGCACGUUUAUCUCACUUUAUUCUCGUUCUCCUCGGACCUUCGUAGCCAUAUCACUUGUAUAAAAUAGGCUGAGAUAUAGUGACUGUAAGCUGUGGUCUCAGUAU